UUUUAACUUCAGACCGGAAAUGAAUGUACGUCACCAGAGAUUGAGUGACAACACCAAAUUGCACUAAAAAUGUAAGCUUGUAGCUCUCUAGUCUUUGCCUUCGUGGUAAAGCAAAGAAUCUGCCUUAGGACAUAGCAGAAGCUCCCGAGAAAGUUAAUGCUAUUCCAUACAGGCAGACGCUUCAAAAAUGCCUGACCAUUCAAGCAACGCCAUUCUAGACUGCUUGGUUCACGAGGUGUACAGACCUUAUAUAGAGGAGCACGUCAACGUCGUCCAGGUGGCUGAGCUGAUGCCUUGCAUGAAGGAGGUUCUGGCAAGCAUGAGAUCUGCCAACUCUCCAUCCCAAGCUACUCACAUCUUUCUGCAGCAGCUGAGACAGACCAAGAACCCAGAUAAGUUUAAGGAAUUAUCGGAAGCGCUGCUACAAGCCGAAUAUGAAGUCUUGUACUGUGCCCUCGAUUGUGGUCCAGUUUGUUACUGCCUAGAGGAGCAUAAGAAGAUGAUGUCUCUCUUUACGCAUGGCAUUGAAGAAACGUUUAGCCCGAGUGAAGUUGGCGAGCAGCUCGCAUGUCGAGGAGUCCUUGCCAUCGAUAACUUCCAAGCCAUCAAAUCUCUAGAAGACAACGGAAACCACGCAGACGCCGUGUUUUUGUUGUUUGAUUCGUUAGCGAGGCAGAAUGAAGAGUGGUAUCAGCACCUACUCUGCGUGCUGGACUGCUGCGAAUACACAAAGCUGGUCACCGAGCUAGAACCUACUUAUUACGAGCAGAGAGGUGCUGACACUGCAAAGAAACCUGCAGCCAAGAUCAGAUCUGUAACGGAAAAGACCGUUGAAAACGCAGGUGCCGCCAUGGGAGUGUCCGUUUACCCACAGCAGCCUGAAGAGAAGUGCCUGCCAACGAACGAGUAUAGAGAUGGGAGACAAGUGUAUCAGGUGUACCAGGAUGUGAAUUCGGAAGGCAGAAAAGGAAUGAUGUUUCAUGGACAACAACCAGAGAACAGAAAGGGAAAUGCAUGUCCAGUACAAAUGCAAGACAACAGAAAGGGAAUUACAUAUCAUGGACAGAUGCAAGAUAACAGAAAGGGAAACUCAACUCUAAUGGGUACCGGACAAGGUCUACAAUGUAGACCUGAUUGCAGACAGGGCCCUAUAUAUUCCGGACAAGAGCAAGAAAACAGAAACCCUAGUACGUAUCCUUUACAAGCUCCAGUAAGCAGACAAGUCAAUAUAUAUCCUGAACAAGUGCAAGAAAAUAUGAAGGGAACUUUAUAUUCUGGUCAAGCCCCAGAAUACCGACCGGCACCAAUAUACGCUGCACAGGUUCAAGAAAGCAGACAAGGAUUAUUUUAUCCAGCACAGACUACAGAAAGCAGGAGAGGCACAAUUAACCCUGACAUCCGCCCUAGUUAUACGUAUUCAGAACAAACUUCUGAUGGUCGAACUGGAACUGCAUACUCGGCACAAAAUCCUGAUAAUCGACCUUCACAAAUAUAUCAAGGACUAAAUCCAGAGAGCCGCCCAGGAAGCAUAUACAAAGGGCAAACAGCAGAUAGUCGAACUGUUGUCAUGUAUUCUGAUCAAGUAGCCGAUGCUCGUUCUGGUUUAAUGUACUCGGGGCCAACCGCCGAUGGACGGGCUGGUCCAGCAUACCCCGAACAGGGCUCCGAUGUUCGGACACCCACAUCAUUUCCCGGUCAAAAUUCUAUGAGCCGAUUGGGCACAGCGUACGCUGGGAAAGUUGAUCAGAUUCGGGAUAGUCGUCUUUUAGUAGCUCAAGAUGCGUCUUUGAAUCAUGAACAGAAUACAGAUUUUAGAGAUACAAGUGACCAAAGAGAAAAUUUAAAUCCAGGAGGUUUUUCUGUCAAACCUAGCCGCAUUGUUUCAUUGGCGCGUGACGGACGAAUAAUCAAUUCUAAGUCUAUUGAUUCAAUCCCAGCGGAGUCUCAAGUAAAUCCAGUCCAAUUCCCAAUUGAUUCCGUUGGGAAUAGACCAAUGGAAAGCUACCGUGCUAACAAUCAAUCACAGCAAAAUAUCCUUAAUAAACAGACUAUGGUUCGCGUGGCAUCAUUUGCCCCUGGGGUGAGACCUUCUAGUGCUGGUGCAGCCGUACCUUGCGACCAGGGCAAAUGCCCAGCUCAAGAACGCGCGGUAGAAGGCGGUUGCAAGUUUUGUAUCGGUAAUUUGCCCUGUACUCUAUUAAAUAAUCAAGUCAGAAAAGCGGAGGUGGCUCAAGCCGGGGGAGCCACUAAUUUCCAGCCAGGAAAUGACACAAAAUACAUCGAUCAACACAGUAGGCCACAAUACGAAAACGACCACAACAGAAAUUUAACAGUCACCGAUUGUCAGUUAGGAUGUGUUCGGCAACAGUUAUCAGAGCUGACCUGUCUUGUGUUGAAACAAAUGACCCUGAUAGGGCAUAUGAACGACAAAGUGGACAGGGUUGAAGCACAUCUUUGCAAAAUUCUUGAAUUCAGCCCAUACCUUAACCAUGCAAAACAUUAACCCUACAUAACAUCCUAGCUUAACAAAAAUAUAUUUCUAUUCAAUGCAAAUAUUUUCCAUGAACGAAGUUUCAUGUUGGUAACAAAAAAAGUUUUAACCCUCUAAUACCUGCCAGAUGUAAAAAUAUUUCAGUGUCUCGAUAAGCUUUAACCCUCUAUUACCUGCCAGAUGUAAAAAUAUUUCAGUGUCUCGAUAAGCUUUAACCCUCUAAUACUUGGUAGAUGUUUCAUUUUUUGUUUUUGUAACUUAGGAAUCCGAGUUGGAAUCUAGGGACAUCUCCUCACACUGUUCUCUUUCUGCACUCUGUACUCAGUUUUUUGUGUACACUCACUCUGUACUCAGUUUUAUUUGUGCACUCACUUUGUACUCAGUUUCAUUUGUGCACUCACUCUGUACUCAGUUUUCUUUCUGCACUCACUCUGUACUCAGUUUCAUUUGUGCACUCACUCUGUACUCAGUUUUCUGUCCAACCUUCUGUUUCUCUUGCUGCUACAUUUCCCAUGUUCUAUUUUGCUACUAUGUAGACUUAGUGCUGCAGGUCUGUAAAAGUAUCACAAACUUUUGAUCAACACAAAGAGUCUUCAACGUCAUUUUAUUUAGUCCACUUGUUUACACCUGAAAUAUUUGUUUCAUUUCUUUUACUAUCACAAAAAUCAGAUUGGAAAUGUUCCCACAUGAAAUAAGUCUACUACACGUUUCAAUAGGUCUCUGAAAAGAUUAAAACGUUCCAUUGAAAGUCACCUCAGAGUCCCGCUAAGAAAAGAAGUCGACUGAUGAUGUUACCGUCUGCUGUACAGACGUGCUACUGAUUUUGAAACAGAAGCAGUGCCCAUUACUCUAGCUGACCAGUGGACUGUAAGAGAUGUUGGAAAGGGGAAGUUGAACACAAAUGAACCUAAAAUAAAAGUCUUGGUGGUCAUUUUAAAAUACGUAUGUAUUGGAACUAUGUGAGAAAAAAAAAGUCAACUAUCAUUUCUUGCACCCAAAAGAAGCUGUUCUGGCCUGCAGAAAUUAGAAAAUGCUAUCUAAAAAACAAUGCAUAGAAAUUUGGGGGAUGUUAUCUUUUAACUCUAUUAAACCCGACUAUUGCUGCUUCAAAACCAUCAUGACCCAAUGUUCUAUCCUUUCGUUUAGUAGGUUAAAAUAGACAAAAAUAAUUAGUGUUUAGUAUAAGACAUUUGAUGUGUUGGAUUAUUUAAUUUCAUUUUGUCCCCAGUUUCGGACACUCUGUGCUCCUUAGAACUGUUGCUCUCUGUACGUCAAUGUUGACAGCACACAGCUCGUGUGUCAUCUCUAGUGAGAGUAAAAGAAUCUAACAAUAUCAUUUGUUGUAGUUCUUUAUUACUUUGUCUAGUACAGUUGUGGCUUGCAGGCAGUAGUACCCAGGAUACCUGUUCAAGUCUUGUUCAUUAAUAAACCAAGAGCUUUAGAUGUUUGUACUGUAGAUCUAAUUGAUUUUUACAGUUAAAAACUCUUUAAAAUUGAGACGAGUUGGAAAUAAAUUUCAGAUUUUAAUA